AUGAUCUGGUGUUUGCCGUUUGUCCGUGCCAGGUGGAAGGCGGUGGAGACGAAGCAGUUGGAGAUCCUGUCUCAUCUCACCACCUUCAGCCAGUCGCUGAAGAGAACCACUCGGGAGGUCAUUGCUAGACGAAAGGCACGGAGGAGGGUCAAGAAGAAGUUUAGCUUCUCCAACAUGGACGAGCGCCUG